CAGUUGAAUGUGAAGUGACCACACGGGAAUAAAGACGGGGGAAAAAAUCGCUGUUUUUUUCGAGGGGUAUUAACACAGCUGGCUUUCCGAUUUAAACGGCCAGUGUAAAAGUAAAAUUUGCUUUGAGCUCAAGUUGGCAUCAUUUAUAAUUUACCACAGAUUUUAGUUUUCUCGAAGUUAUUGGAAAAUGCAAAACUACGCAGAGGUUCUGAAGGACUUCAUUGAGAGGCAUGCCACUGGCCUCACAGUCGGCGCUGUUACAGGAAUAGGGAUUCUAGGUUUGCGAAGAUGGAUGGCAGGAGGGGUGUGUCGCAGCAAGGCCAGGCUGGAUGGCAAAACAGUCCUGAUUACAGGAGCCAACGCUGGCAUCGGGAAGGUGACGGCCAUGGAUAUGGCUCAGAGAGGUGCCAGGGUGAUCAUGGCCUGCAGAGACAUUCCCAAAGCCUACAGUGCAGCAGAUGAGAUCCGUCUUAAGACUGGGAACAGUAACAUUUUGGUCAAGAAACUGGACUUGGCCUCGCUGAAGUCUGUCAGGGAGCUGGCCAAGUACGUGCAGGAGAACGAGAAACGUCUGGACAUCCUUAUUAACAAUGCAGGUAUAAUGAUGUGUCCGAAGUGGAAGACUGAAGAUGGCUUUGAAAUGCAGUUUGGCGUCAACCACUUGGGGCACUUUCUCCUCACCAACUCUCUUCUUGACCUGCUGAAGAAGUCAGCUCCAAGUCGUGUUGUCGUUGUUGCAAGCGUCGCCCACGUGACAGGUCAGAUACACUUUGACGACAUCAACCUAGAUAGAAACUACGAUAAUUUGGUAAGCUAUCGGCAAAGCAAGCUGGCAAACAUUCUCUUCACCAGGGAACUGGCUGCGAGACUGCAAGGCAGCGGUGUUACAGUCUACAGCCUUCACCCAGGACUGAUCCGCACGGAGUUAGGUCGCCAUCUGUUCCCCCACUGGGCUUGGUGGAAGAGAACGUUGGCCUCAGUCCUGAUGAUGAUUGUCAAGAGUCCCUGGGAAGGAGCCCAAACAAGCAUCUACUGCGCUGUGGAGGAGAGUCUGGCGAACGAGAGCGGCCUCUACUACAGCGACUGCGCUCGCAAAAAGCCUGCAGCUCAAGCUCUGGAUGAUGCUGCCGCCAAGAGGCUGUGGGACCUCAGUGCCUCCAUGGUUGGUCUUUCCUAAGCAUGGCCUCUGUUUCAGUAGCCGUUUCCUUCCAGCGGUGAUGGUAACACUGUUUACAUGGGAGAACAGAGCGCUUUAAUUCCUUUUCGUUUUUUUCAUCAUUGAAGGGCAUUUCAUUAAUUAAGAGUUUUCAAAUGCUUAUAUAUUGAAGCACGUGAAUGCUUUCAGCACAAUAAUUUGCACUAUUUACAUUUAUUCCAAUGAAGUCAUGCUUGUUAUAAAGAGGUGCUAAGCUUUAUUUUUAUAUCAUGAACAAUUCAUAUACUGCAUGACCUUUUCUUUAAUUGCACUUGUGAUAUAAAAGUACACAUUUGUGCCAAGGAAUGAUGCCAGACGCACUGUAAGUUUGAAAGGUUGCACUUCUAAAAAGGCUAUACAAAAAUAGUUUGAAGUUUUUCUGCUUUCUGUUUGUGAUUUUUAUUUAAAAAAAAUAUGCAUUUAUGAGCUAAACUGUUAUACUGCUCAAAUUGAAAAGAAGCAGAUUGAAACUAGAUGAUGUAUUUUUGUGCUUUAGAUUACACGUGCGUGUUUCAAUCAAGCAUCCCAGCAAGUUUAGACUCCUUAAAAGGCUGUAGGCUACAAAUUAGAACACUGAAAAUUAUUAUGAAAAAGAAGUAGAACCAAAAUCAACCACUAGUUCCACACAUUUGAGGUGAAUGGUGUUGUGACCUACAGCAAAGGAGCAUUUUCAGCCUCUAAAUUCUUUAUUUUAGAUUUGCUUCUCGCAAGUGUAGAACGCUAUAGACACUGGAGAGUCUGACUGCAUCACCAGAGCAAAACUCAAGUAGUUUUUUUUUUAUUUCAAAAGUUGCAAGUCCUGUUUACUUACCUAUUUCACUGGAUGCUUAAUUAACAAGAGAAUGGUAUGAAAGUAAAUCAGUAUGGAAGCAAAUGAUGUUAACAAGGUGGGAGCUUGGAGACAUGCAAGCCUGUUUUAAUUAGCAUAUUGAAAUUUUUUUUUUUUGAUAGAACAACAGUGAGCAGCAAGUGUUGGAUUUAUUAAAAGUCCUUUAUUGCUGCAUGUUGAAAUGCCUGGUGGAACUGGGUAUGAGAAGAAUGAAGGAAACAUUGUUCGGGGUAUUUAUUUUGUUGACAGUAAAAAGCAUAGAAAAUAAUCACAGUCUGAAUCAUCACAAAGUUAGAGCUCCAUAUACAUGUAUUGUUCCAACAAAUAAAACACGCCCGCUAUCAAGAAUGCCUCCAUACUCCACCGAUUACAUUAAAUAGUGCAACUAUGGUGCUACACUGCACAACAGCUGCACAUUUUAAAACAUAAGCGUACAAUUUAGUUAUGCUCCAAUAAUUAUAGAGGAAUAGUGGAAAAACUUGAAACAGUUAAAAAAAACAUCCCAAUCCCAGUUUUUGGUGUUUGCAAAAGCUAUCAAUUUGGUUUUAUCUUUAUUAUUCUUUUUUGAUUUAUUAUUACAAUUUUCUCCAUAUAUAUUGAAGAAUGAUGAAAUCCUUUACAGAAAAGAUUCUGAGAGACUCCUAACUUGGGUAUUCUGUUAAAAAAAAGUAAUUGAAAAGAAAACUUGCAUAUUGCCUAAAAGUUGUUACGCUAAUGCCAAGUGGUAUUUGUGUACCAUUACACCCAGAUGACUGUGAAUAACUUCAUAAAACAAUUAUUCGUUAUUUUUUAAUAAUUUAAUGAAUGACAAAAACACUUUUAUAUAUUUUCAACAAAAUACUAGAGACAUUUAAGGCUUUAAUACCCUUUUCAAUGAUAUUUAACAAUAGUAAACAUAAGUUAAAGCCAAAUUUUCGUUUUCAUGUUCAGUUCUAUAUCUGGUUAAUAAGUAAAGGAAAAGUGAAGCAAGAGGCUUCAUGUAAAGGAAAUGGCUCUUGACUCAUGCCGACAGCACUUGGAGGAUUGUUGCACUUUAGAGGAGAUAGAAUCUUGGGAAUGUAAACGCCUCCGGGGCCUAAGAGCAUGUAGGAAAAAGAAAUGAAACCAAUAUGAUGUUUGUGAUGCUAUGAAAAGGCUGGGAUUGUUUCGUUAAGCGUGCCAUGAUGCCAACUGAGCUCACAAGGUCCUUAGGGUACAAUAUGAAGUCACUAGCAGUGUACUAUGCUCACCAAUAAAGUGGAAAGAAAAGGAAAAUGUUUGUGUCAAUUUGUAAAUAACAAGGUUUUGUUAAAAUCAUGUGUUUAAAUAGGACUAUUGUCAAGUUUAAAGUUGUGUUUUUGUUAGCUGAAUUCUAUAUCACAUCCUGUUUUCAGGUUUUUUUUAAAUAAAGAUCAUUUAGGUUUAAAAGUUUAGUAUGAUAACCGGCAAACUUCAUUUUAAAAGUAAAGCUUUUUCUUACUCGAACAUUUAGUCAUUUAGAUUUAGCAUAAUUGCACAUUUGAAUGUUUCUAACCUUCAUAAGUGACAACAAACACAUUCCCUUAUAGCAAAACUAUUUUGCACAAUGUUGUUCUUUACGUGUUUAUUUUAAUUCGGCUGUAAUUGACGCAUUGAAAUGCCACAUAUCGGUUUGUUGGUGUGACUGCAGCAGCGCAGUGAAACUACUCCCCUAAUCAUGAAUUCCCCUUACUGCUUAUGUCAUCUACGGCAGAUUUAGUGGGUUAUGUCGGCCAUGCUGUAUCAUGUCACGCUGUUAGUCUUCUGGUUAGCAAAUUUUAUGCUCAGAUAAAAAAAA